AUUAUCAAACUAAGGACCAGCAGUUACUUAUUCACCGCCCUUCAGAAUGUAUUGGUCCACCGUUCAUUUACGAAAUAGCAGAAAUAUACCGGAGUGAACCUGAACGUCAGCAAGUGUUUAACAAAAAAAUUCGUAAACUAUUUGGUGAAGAAUUAAAAGUAAUUCAUUUAGAUGAUAAUUCUUCAAAUGAUGGAGUAUUGGAAUGUAACGUCCAUUCAAAAAGUGUGUUACGCCUUCUUGUUGAGAUGAAAAAUGAAAUUGGUACUGGGGCUGUAUAUGUUGAGAAACCCAUUAUAGAUCCUUUGACGGACUUCAUACCUCUCAUUCCUACAAAUGAUCGAGCUCACACAGAGCGAGUCGCACAGCUUUUCAAAGCCUUGUACUUGGGAGUUAAUAAGUUAACAGAAUAUUAUAGAUCGUUAGAUGUGCCUACAGAUCCACGAAAUUCACAACGAUUUUUUCCCUAUCCGAAUCAAUACGAACAACAGAAUACAAUCGUGGAAUUUACAUAUGAGAGAAAACUUGUGGAUCAACCCAACAAGCUUCUUUGGAAAGCUAUAACAAAGACGGGCGGAAAAUUAUUGUUAAAUUCACAUGGGAUUACAAUCAAAGGGCACACGAACUUUAUGGAUUAUGUUGAGGCCAAGCAACUUUACGAGUGUGACUCACUUAGUCAUGAUGAAUAUAAAGCGGUUUUCAAGGACAUCAAAGAAGCUAUCGACAAACUGCAUAAGGAAAAUAUUGUCUUUGCUGACCUCUGUGAUUCCAACAUUUUGGUUAACAAAUCUCAAGGCCAAUAUCGAGGAAUAUUAAUAGAUUUUGAUUGGGCCGGUGAAGGAGAAGUCGCGCGCUAUCCAUCUUUCAUGAAUCAUAAAUAUAUUAAUUGGCCACCAGGGGCUGAAGAUAGGAAAAAGCUGAGUCGUAAACAUGAUGUUUAUUGGUUGGAGUUGUUGAAAUCUAAAUACUUGGGUGAGAGUGUUGAGAAAACGAAACUGAGACAGGAGCUUAAGGCCAGAACUGAUGAGCUGGAGGAAACUAUAUCACAUUAUUCAGUUGAGAUUGGCAAACUUAACGCCAUAAUUGUGGAACUAGAGAAAAAUAAGACAGUUACAGCUAAACUCGAGUCUGAAAAUGCAGAGUUUAGAGAUAGGAUCACAAAAGUGGAGCAGAGACAGAUGCUAAGUGAUAAUGUUUCUAAGGUAACCAAUUCUUCCAAUAACAGCUCGUCUAACUUCAAUUUGCUUGCAGAUCAGUUACCUAUGGAAAUGGAUACUUCAUUACCUGAAGAAUCGAUACCAGAAGGGUUACCAGAGCCAGCUGUUAAUAUACCUGUUAUGGACCAAUCUGAGGUAACCACAUUUCAUGCCUUCAAUUCAAAAGAUAAGGUAAGUAUAUCAUCCGAUUCAUCUCCAGAAAAUGAUCAAGAUUUAAAAUUACCGGAAGUUGAAGUAAAUAUAUCUACCGAAGAUACUGAGGAUAAAGACGAUAAUAAGGAAUCUUCCGAUGAUGAUAACUCUGAGAAUGAGGGUUCUUUCAAUAACAAUGAAGAUGAUGGAGG